AUGGCCGCCUCCAAGAAAUCCUCAGAUGCCACGAGGAUGGCGUGGAUGGCCCAGACGUCUGACUCUGAAGUGACGCGGGGGGCCCGUGGCGUGCCGUCGAUUCGCGAGCAGCUCCGAGACUUUGUUGCAUUAGACCUGGCAACUGCCCGGCCGAUACCGCGUGAUGCAGCCCGUUUGGGUACCACGGAAAACUCGCUGACACGUGUCGAGAGCCAUACUCUAGCUGAGAUCAAGACUGGCGAGACGAGCCUCGAUGUUACAGACGACACCGACCAGGUUCUUCCCUGGGGAAGUGCUGGAGGGGACCCAGACGACGCACCGUCGCUGCUUGCACGCCCGUAUGGUGUCGUUGCGCCUCGCGCCGGCGACUUGAUCGAGAUCCGCACGGACUCAUGGCGAGUGCAGCUGCUGGCUGUAUGUCUAGGCAACUUCCGCGGCGUCGACCACUUUUACACAAAUACGGGAAAGUGGUUUGUGAGCUCGGGCGUGCGCAGUUUGUUUGCUGUAACACGGUUCGCAACCCCAGACGACCUGGCACCUCUCAUUGCAGCGCUGCCGUCGGAGGCCCUGCAAGGGACGACGACUGAUUCCAGCGGCGCGGGGGGGACGGACGCUGCGGCUCUUGACUCGAAACUCAAUAUGCUGCAAGACCUUAAGCUGGGACCCUCUCGCGAAGCAGGUGCUGGAUUGCUCAAGAAGAUGGCCGAUUUCGCAGAGCAGGCUGCCGGCAUCCACAUGGCUCAUGCCGGUGUACUUGACAACGCUUUUGACGUCCUUCAACUCUCAGAACAGGACCCUGGUAAAUCCUCUGGAAAAGUUUCUGGAAACACUUCAGACUCGGCUCCACAGCAUCGCAAGACAUACAUGACACUCGAUCAGCUUGCGUCAGUCUUGCUUCGGCGCCAGGGUUAUAAACACCUAGGUCCCCGUGGACAGCACAACAACCACCGGCACCAUUUUCCCAUUCGAAAUUUGAGGGGCCGUGGCAGUGGCGCUGAGGGUAUGGAUGAAUUUACGGCGCCCGCCAUGUACGCUGUCUACCGUUCAAUUGCCUCCAAUGACCUUGCCUUCCGCCCGUUAACAACCACCCUCGGAAACGCCAGUGAGACAGACGAUGCCUUGUCGCCGGCCGCCGUUGAUACUGGUGAGAAGCAGCACAGCCACAGUCGUUCUUGCUUGUUUGCGAUUGCACCUCGCGAGGACAUUGAUAUCAUCCAUGGUGUGGACCGAAUCGUUCGCAGUUUCUACGAAGACCCCGACCGUGUCAGCUCUGGUGGUCAGCUCAGCGAUAAGGCCUUGGCCAAGAAAACGCUAGGCAGUUUUAUUCUAAAAGCACGCAGAAGCAUUGACCGGAGCCGGAAGACCCGCGACUGGUCGCCUUAUGGCAUGCUUGGCACCGCAGAGCGAAAUCCGAAACAUAAUGUACACUCCAACUUUGAGCAGUGGAGUCCUUCAGACGUUGCGAUUCUUCAAUUUAUGCACCUUUGGGCGAGCUCGCAGCGGUUCUCGCCAUCGUCGCGGCUGCAUGGCACCGGGUCGGCCAUCCUCCGCGCGCUCGAUCGGUAUACAGAGUGCCAAUUCCUUGUCAUGUCCACUGGAUGGACGUUCCUUCAAGAAGUCGGCUGGGUAACUCCGUGGGACAUUCCUGCUCGCUAUAAACUGGGUUUGCCGGAUAUCCCGCCUCUCCGUACAGGUGGACUAGAACGGUCACUGGAGCAGCUGCCAUCGCCGUCCCUCGACUUCUCAGCCACUGAUUCUGCUUCUACCGCAUCCCCUUUGUCUGAAGAUAUAUUCGAGGGUAAACGCCGGGACUGGGGUGAUCUGACUGCUUUUUGUAUUGAUGCCCCAGAGGCUGCCGAUAUUGACGACGGCGUUGCGCUUGAGCGCAUCGCAGAUUGCCCGGAUGAGUUCUGGAUCCAUGCACAUGUUGCCGACCCGGGCUCGCGCAUUCGCCCGGGCAGUGCUCUCGCCGAGCAGGCCGCACGGAUGCCCCAGACAGCCUACUUGCCAGGCCACCAUGAGCGCAUGUUCCCUGACGACGUUGUGCGCAAGCAGUUUUCUUUGGGCCCUGGCCAGCCCUGUCUGACGUUCAGUGCGAGGGUCAAUCGGCAAGGCGAUGUGCUACAGUCCAAGAUCACACCUGGUCGUCUCGGCCGCGUCAUUUUUAUUGCGCCGAGCCAAGUUUCUUCCGUUGUCGCCGAAGCCGAACAGCGAGCCAUCCGUGACAAUAACAUUGAUGCCCUGGCUGAGCCAUCGGCACUUGAGCUGCCGUGGACAACAUCCUCCUUUUCAGUUGGCACGCCUCCAGCCACAACGAAAGUUGAUCCCUCUUCCCCUGCCGCACGCACGAUGACCACAGCAGACAAACUCACGCCAGACCAGAAAGAGGAUCUCGAAACGCUUUCGACACUAGCAACCGCACUCCGUGCCGUGCGCCUCGCCCAUGGCGCCAUGCCGCUGUACUGGCCACGUCCUUCUGUUGACGUGUCACUGGACAACACCAAUGUGGUCGUUGUAGAUGCUGCCGCGCAAUCCGGCCCGCCAAAGGCUGCGGAUAUGAUCUCUUCGACAAACAGCAAACACAGCACACCCGCAUCCUUAAUGCAAACCUCCGGCGACCCGUAUAUUCGCAUCUGGUACGAAGGUGCCGAUGCAGUCUCUGCCGCAGCAGCCGCGUCUUCUGCUGCCGGCAGCCGUCUCGUGGAGAGCAUUAUGCGCUUGGCGGGUGAGGUGGCCGCCAACUGGUGCCACGAACGCAACAUUGCAGUACCCUUCCGUGGCCAACCCGACGCGGUGCGCCACCUCGAUCGACUGCGGGAGCUGACGCGGGACGAAAUAUACCCUGCCCUAGUCUCCGGCAAGCGGCCCGAGGAUGCCUCGCUGCGCGAACUUCGGCGGCUGCUGGGAGCCGACGACAUGACGGCUGUGCCCGUGCCUCAUGUCACUAUGGGUGUGGCGCGGUACACCAAGGCGACAAGCCCGCUGCGCCGGUAUUCCGACCUUUUAGUUCAUUGGCAAGUUGAAGGCGCGCUCUUGGCCGAGAUGAAGGACGGCGAGAGCAACGCCACGCCAGUGAAGGCCUCGUCUCCAGCAGGGCCGCCCUUUACAAGGACGCAGAUGGAACAGGAUAUUUUGCCGCUACUUCGAGUGCGUGAACGCGCCCUUCGGUCGCUUGAUAACCAAGCUGGGCGUGACCAGUGGAUCCUGCAAGCAAUGGUGAGGGCGUGGCUCGGCGAAGAGGCCCGCAUAACCAGCAGAACCGAUAAGGAUAGCGAGGCGACCGAGACAACUACAUCGACACCUUUUGCAAAUCUCCACUUGACCGUCUCGCGCAUCGACAGGCGCCGUGGUCUUGUCUCGGGCCGGCUUGACUGGUUCGAGCAAACUGCGGUGAUGGAUGUGCUCAGUCUCAACGCCACUGGCCCAGAUAGGGACAACGACGGUAUGCAGCGGUUGACCCUCGAAGACAUCCAGCCUGGCCAGGUGUACCCUGUGGCUUUGUCCCAUGUCGAUGUCCACGGAAACAUGGUACUCGUUCGCCGGUUGGGAGAUGCUUUAUAG